AUGUGUUUAGAUAGAAAAAUAUUUUUCAAUUCUCAUUUUGCAGCCGUCAUUAGCGGGGAAAUGUUGAAACUAUGCACAAUUAUAACGCUGCUUUCCUUCCACCAUUUGGUCACUACGCAGGCAACGGGCAAGUGUAGAUUCAAUGAGAAACACUUCAACAACUUCACCCUGGAAAUCGUCAACAAUACCCUGUAUUUGGACAUGGUGACGCCCAGGACGAUUUCUCGGGGCCUCAAGGUCCUCAUGGACGUGCAAAUCAGCCUGGAUAAGAGAAAGAGUUACCAACGGCUCUUCGCUUACGUCCUGGACAUCUGCGCUGUGGUCUCGUCGGUGAAGUCUAGUAUGUUCAAGAGCUGGUUCCAAAGCAUCCUCGAGCACGGCAACUUCAUGACUAAUUGCCCAGUGCCUCCAGGACAUUACUUCCUGCGCAACUGGAAGCUAGACUCCCAACUGGUCCCGCACUACCUGAUGGCCGGCGAUUAUCGCGUGUUCUGCCACUUUUUCUACGGGAAGCACAAAACCAGACAUGAGGACUUUGUCCUCGACAUAGACAUCUAUGCGGUUAUGAAGGCAGCAUAG